UCAGGAAAAUGCCAGAAUAUAAAUUAACCUAUUUUAAUGUCAAAGGUUUUGGGGAACCUAUAAGGUUUAUAUUGUCUUAUAUGGGAAAAGAAUUUCAAGACAAUCGUGUUUCUUUUGAAGAAUGGCCACAAUUGAAGGGAAAAGCACCAUUCGGCAAACUUCCAAUUUUAGAAAUUGAUGGAAAAGUACUUCAUCAAUCAUUAGCCAUUUUAAAAUAUUUGGCAUCUCAGGCUGGUUUGUCCGGAAAGAACGCCGAAGAAGAUGUAGAAAUUGAUAUGAUUGUUGGAGCCUAUGGAGACCUAGCUGCAGAGGUUGGAAGAUUCAUGCGAACAGAAAACCCUAGUGAGAAAGAAAAAUUGAAGGAAACCUUAAUUAAAGAAACAAUUCCAUUCUACAUGUCAAAGUUUGAAGCUGUUUUGAAAAAAAAUGGAGGAUAUAUGGCAAACGGAAAGCUCUCAUGGGCUGACUUAUUAGUUGUGGGCCACAGUUCAUCUCUACCUGGUUUGGUUGGUCAUGAUUUAACUGAGAACUAUCCCUUCUGGAAAGAACUGACUGAAAAAGUUUACUCUCUUCCUGGAAUAAAAGAAUGGGUCAAAAAGAGACCAGAAUCAGUUUUUUAA